AUGGAUAGGUCGGGUUCCAAUGAAGACAUCUAUCCACUGGCUGUGAUAUGUCAUCCGGACGCAGAUUCCACGAACCUGCAAGUGUUCAAAACACGGGACCUUUCACGUUUGCACAACCUGUGUUCGAAAGUAUGGCACUUUGAUGAUUUCGCAGUCAUGUCCCGUCAGAGCUUUUUGCGGUUGGACAAUGUCAAGACAAAUGUCUGUGUGUGUGCAAACAGGGGCGUCCAUCCGAGUGUGAUUGACAGUCCGAGUGUGGGACAAGGAAGACUGCGUGUUCACCUGUUUGAGAAGCAGCGCCAUUUUUAUCGAAGAUACUUUGCUGAUACAUUGCAGGUGCUGUGGGUUCUGGCUUCAGGAGUCAACGAUCGAGUCUUCGAUGAGAAGGGCGCUCAUGCCAUCAUCAACUUGGCAUGGCGAGAAGCAUAUCGAGCCCACUUCCUGACCUUCGCGCUAGAUUUGCUCGUGGCGUGCCUCUUUUGGUCCUUGGCGUUUCUGCUGAAUGAUAAGCGGCUGGAAGAUCACCAGUGGCUGCGGUGGCCAUGCCUUGCCAUCGCAGCUCUGGCUUGGCUGCGAAAUGCCUUCUCCGAGAUCUUGCAAUGUCUUGGCUUCCAUGUCUACGGAAAGCUGCGUGACUACUUUCUUUCAUUGGAAACGCUCGCCGACGCCUUCAGGAUACUUCUCACGGGUUUCAGCUUGACUGCCUUGGCGACUGACUGGAAAGCUUGUGGAGAACGGCAGGAACUUCGACUAACAUUUGCUUUAACUGGCUUCGUCCGCUGGCUGAGGGUCUUGAACACCCUCAAGGGCUUCGAGAGCACGGGGAAACCGAUGCUCCCAAUUUUGCAAGCUGUUCCAGCGACUGUUCCCUUCUUCUUCGUGGUGUUCUGUUGGUUUGCAGGCUUCCUUCACAUGUACUAUUCGUUCGGCUUGAUGAGCUGGUGGCAAUCAAUGAUGAUCAUGUACCGCUUAGGAUUUCUGGCAGACUUCUCCAGGAAUGAAAUGAGGAACGCCACGCUUCUGUCGGAUGGGGAUGACGACUGGGAAACGCCGGUGGACGUGGUUUUAGUCGUCAUGGGUCUAAGCAUGUCGAUCAUUAUGAUGAACAUCCUCAUUGGUGUGCUGGCCGAGAGUUACAAUCGAGGUGCGAAGUGUGACAGCAUUUCUGGACACAUCAAAAGAUAUCUAAAGCAAGUUCUGCUAGUGAGAGUCGAAGGCUUCCGGCUGAGGAGGUUAAGGUUGUUGGAAUUGGUGACCCUUGCAAUCAAGGUGUGGUUUGCCAAUCCACGGGAUCCCUCAACCUGGGGCGAGAUCCAAUCCCAGUACGAUGCAGAUGUCAUGAACGUGCAUGAGAAGGUGACGGAGUUGCGUCGCGAGAUCCGCGAGAUGCACGAGAAGAUGUUGGAAAAGCAUCAGGCGAGAUGCCUAGCGGUUCCGAACACGGUUGUCUGCGCAGCAGCAAGAACGGUCUGUUGA